AUGGCCAACGACAUCAUGACGUCGUCAUCAGCACCUGUGGCGACGGCUGAGCCACCAAAACGUCCAAACUAUGAGGAAAAAAUGAAAGAGCUCGAUACAGUCCCCCUCUUCAUGCGUGAUCUUCCCAAGCAAGAAACCCCAAAUCCUGCUCUAGAGGCAUUGCAAACACUCGCAUUUGAUGGGCCCCCUAAUGAGGCUGCAGAAAACUUUAAGAAUCAGGGCAAUGAAUACUUUCGUGCGAAGCGGUACAAAGAAGCGGCUGGAUUUUACCAGCAAGGUCUGCAAGCUGAGCCAGAAGACGCCAAGCUGAAAGAGACUUUACACCUGAAUUGCGCGGCUUGUCAUCUCGAGCUACAAAAUUAUGGACGCGCAUUGCAUGAGGCGCGCGCUGCAUUAAUAGUGAAUCCUAAAUCGGUGAAGGCACUUUACCGAGCCGCGCGAGGGUUUCUCGCACUAGAUCGAGUCGCAGAUGCCAAAGGUUGCAGUGAUCUGGCUUUGGAGCUUGAUCCUAGCAACCCAGAGCUUGUGAAACUCCAAGAACGUGUCUCCCAGCGCAAAGAACGUCUUGAUCUACUAGAGGCGGAGCGUGCGGAGCGCAAACGGCGCCAGGGACUCGAGAACCAGGCACUUCAAAUGGCUUUUGUGUCUCGUGGACUUUGGAUGAAACAAAGCAAUGAUCCACCCGAUAACCCAACGCCGGCACAUUUCGAUCACGAGUCCCUCCCACCCGCCUCCUCAAAAGACAUUCCUCUUGUCGGUGCAUUGAGGCCAUGGAAGGCUCCGGACCCUAUCACCACCCCUGUUAUUUUUCCAGUCAUGAUGCUCUAUCCACAGUACAAUACGUCUGACCUUAUUUCUGAGUACCAUGAAGAUACGCCGGUCGGCAUGCAUUUAGACGUCAUGUUCCCUCCAGAAUCGCGUGGGUCGUUGCCCUGGGACACAAAAGGCGAAUAUGUCUCGCCAAACUUAUCCGUGAUUGCCAAGACUCGUAAAGGACGUCUGCUGCGUAUGGGCCACAAGUUGAGUUUGCGUGAACUCCUUGACCAAGGCGCACAGUUGUCGGAGAACAAUGAUCCUAAAGAACGCGAUGGUAUCGUUCUGCGUGAUGGAAUCAUUGACCUCUACGUGUUACCGAAAGGCUCAGAUGCCGAAAAAGCAUGGAUCUCUACGAACAAGGGCCGCCCCUUGUAG